AGAGAAGGUGUAUUCUAGAAUUGAACAUCUCGCUCAUGGCCCAUUCCGUUAGCAUCUAUUCAGUUGCAUUUAAGUUGAUAACCAUAUGCCCGUUGAUCCAGGCAAACAUAGAUGUGUGCAAAAGAGGAGAUGUGACAGUGAGCCCUGCCCGGACCGUCGUCUUCGGAUCCCCCGUCACCGUCUCCUGCUGCCUGAAGCCGGAGCGAGGUUACCCCACCGUCAACAAGCUCGUCCUCUAUAAAAACAACUCGAGAAUCAAGUCCCAGCAAAACAGCUCGAUCAGCGUUCGGGUUUCGGAUCUCGUGCAGGGCACCACCCUGUUUGUUUGCAAAUUACUGUGUGGAGGUGAUCGCGAAGAAGUCCGUGUCUGUGGAGCUGAGGUUACUGUUGGCAUUGCUCCGGAACAGCCCCAAAACAUAUCCUGCAUCCAGGCUGGAGAGCACGGGACUGUCUCUUGUGUUUGGAGCAAAGGGAGACCUACCCACCUCUACACAGCCUAUACGUUGUGGUUAAGAGGGCCGAAGGGUUUGAAUUUGCAGAGGGUGUUUGACGAUCGGUGCCAUGGUUAUCAGGAUCUUGGCAUCAACCUAAGCCCCGAAUCUCCCGAGUCCGUUUACACGGUGGCCGUCGUCGCCGAGAACAGCCUCGGGUCUUCGGCUCCCAACACCUUGCAAUUCACAUUUGUGGAUGUCGUGAAGCCUUGGGCACCAACUGAUGUUGAAAUAACAUUUCACAAUUCUUCCGCCGUCAACUGUACCGUUCGAUGGAAGGACCAGGGGCAGGUGUGGCUUAGUCACCUCAGAUAUCGGCUAGUGAGCGGCGUCUCCUGGAAGCAGGCCAAUGUUACGGGCAGGAGAGGAAGCUAUAAUCUGUACGAUCUGAAACCAUUUACGGAGUACGAAUUUCAAAUUUCCUCUAAGAUGCACCCCGUUAGAGGACUAUGGAGUGAUUGGAGUUCAUUACUGAGGAGACGGACCCCGGAAGGAGAGCCCAUUGGAAUGUUAGAUGUCUGGUUCCUGACACAGGACCUGGGUUCCAACACACAGAAUAUUUCUCUGUUUUGGAAGAACCUGAGCUCUUCAGAGGCAAGAGGGACGAUCCUCCGAUACCAGGUGACCUUUCAAAGAGUGACCGGGGGUGAGGGAGCCGGCCCGUCCACGCCAGAGACCUUCUUCACCCAGCACAACUCCUGCUCCAGGGCUGUUCCCAAAGGGGACUACACCAUCACCGUCUCGGCACUGAAUGCCAAAGGUCGCUCCCCGCCCACCCGCAUCAACAUCACCCACCUGGGCUGUGCAGGGUCACCAGCGCCCGGCCGCCUGGAGGUUAAGGCCGAAGGAACCGGGAGUGUCGUCGUGCAGUGGGAGCACCCCCUGCAGCAGCCCAUCGACCAGUAUCUCCUGGAGUGGCACGAGGACCCGGCCAGGGGCGGCGGAUUCCCCCGGCCGCGCUGGCUCCGACUCCCCCCGUCGGAGCUGAAGGCGGUGAUCUCAGAGAGCAUAGGGCCAGAAACGUGCUACCGCGUCAGCCUCUACGCCUUCGCCGGGGCCCGAAGGGGCUGCUCGUCGGUCCUGGGCAGCACCGGCUCCCGAGUGCCACUCAGCGGGCCCGAGGUCUCCGGGACCACGACGCAAGGAAAGGUGGUGUGGGUGACGUGGUCAGCCGUCCCCGCCCACCAGCAGAUGGGCUGCAUCCUCCGCUACCGGCUCUACGUCCGACAACGGGGCUCCGCCUCUUCCACUCUCGUUUUUGAAAUCCCCGCGGGGGCUUCGCAGAACUCCCAUCCACUGGAGAACCUGACGCCUGGUGUGGCUUACAUCCUGUGGCUGACAGCCUCCACGGAGGCCGGGGAGGGCCCCGCUGGGCGCGAGGAGCUGCUGGUCCUGGAGGCGGACCGGAGCAGUCUGGUGGGACUGACGGUGUCCAUCGCUGUCCUGGCCGUGGGAAUUUUCUCCGUGAAGCAGAUCAGACGAAAGACCACCUCGCUCGUUGCUAUCCUCAAACCACGCUGGCUCAGCAGCAGAGUUCCAGACCCAGCCAACAGCACUUGGGCUAAAACCUAUUCAUUUCUGGAGGACGAGAUGCAACACCACUCGGAUCAACUCCCGGUCACCUGGCCCAGUUCUGAAGAACCUGAAACUCUGACGAUUAAGGAGGUUCUCCACAGAGGGGGUUUUGCGCCCCACGGUCCCACAAGGAAAGGUUUCCCGGCCCAGGAGCCCACUCGAGAGGCGGGGGACCGAGCCGCCUCGCCAACCCCCCCACGGUGUCCGCAGGUCGACCCGUACGGGACCAUGGGGUCGGGGGGCCCGGAACCCACGGGGACCCAGCCGGCCCCAGCCGGCUCCCUGCUAGCCAUGACGGUCGUGACGGUGGACUAUUUACCGACUGCCAUGGACUACUUGUCCUCCGCCAUCCUGCCCUCGGACCCUGGCCCCACGGAAACCGUCAAGAUCGAAGACCUUUUCCCCUCCAUCUUCCUGAAGAUCCCUUUCCAGCCCGUGGCCUUCCCCAGCCCCGGAAAGCUGACGCUGGACCGAGUCAGGAUUAACGGUGAGCCGCCCCUGCUGAGGACCGUGCUUCCGAGCGGCACGCCCGCGCCAGAACAGCCUGAACCGGGGGGGCCCGCCUGCUCGUGACCCUCCCCGGGCCCUAAGGGAGAGCCUGCAGACCCGCCCUGCACCCUCCCUUGCCCAUCCCAAUGGGCACUCGCUAAAAGCAGGCACAACCUCUAGCACUGGAAGGUGCAGUGUAGUUAGGGCCACCCCGAAGGGGUCUUUGCCAAGAGAGGUUGCUCAGCCUUCUUUUUCUUAAUGCUCUCUGGAAUCCGAAGGAAAGCUGGCAGCCCCAGAGUUGGGGCUAGUCCAGCCUCCCGCCCUGCAACGGACUCACACGGAGCCGGGAGUGUGGACUUCCAUCAUAUGUCUCUCCUCUUCACUACGUCGGGGCAGUCUGGCUCUCCACCCCGGCUGUUAAGUGACUCAAACCAAAUCGGAGAGCUCUGCAAGGCAGCUUCAGGCAAUACUUGCUGAGCACAUGCUUUGAGAAGAGCACUGGCCCAACUGCUUGAGAGAGUGUAAGAGAGGUAGUAGCCAUGAUCCCUGCUCUCCAUGAUCUUACAAUCUCACUUCCAGAGCAGCUAAAGAAAUGGCCAUUCCUCCACUGCUCCGUCACUUACCUGAAAAGUGGAGGGGUGUUGCAGUGUCCCGGGUAAAGUGGCCCUCGCUCGGCCACCAACGUGCAGGCUAGGGCCCGGCUGAGGAAGAUGGCCAGUCCCGAACCAUUACGCUGGACGUCAACCAGGAUGCCCCCUUCUGCCUGGGGAAGGGGCGUUGGUGCAGUGGCUUUACGAAGUGCUUCCUGGAAGUGGUCUAUGCCUUGUCUCCAAAGGGAAAAUCCACCACCAUGAAGGAAAGUCUACACCUGCCCCAGAAGGUCAGUGCAACACACAAACAGUAAACUGGGUGACUUGGCUGGGUUUCUUGGGGAUAUUUGUACCUAAUGCCACCCCCAACUCUGGUAUCUACUGACACUAAUAACUUUGGGUUGGGGACUGGAUGGAACCAAUGAUGAUGAACAGCUCCCUAACCAGAAUCCAUCUGCCUGUAUUCCAGGAUGUGCCAUAGCAGUCAGUGGGGGGUGGGGUAUCGAGGGGGUUGCGUUCCCCUUUCCAUUGGCAACAGCCUGCAUCAGAACCUAAGUGUUGAAACAGGUCCUCACUAGCACUGAAACACUGACAACAAAGCAUAUGCCAAAUGCAUCAUCUGGCCAGGAGAGAGCAUUCACUCCAGCUGUUGCCAAUUCCCACCUGAGAAGAUACAGGUCAAGCCAAUGGAAGGGAAACAGAACCCGUUGGGAAGGAGGUGUGGGUGGCUUUUCCAAGAGCCACGAGGCAUCGGAGAUGGUCACAAGACACCAUCCUCACCCAAAAUAUCUCAGUCUAACAUCUGUGAGAAAACCUUUGGAGCCCAAGUUCGACCUCUCUUCGGGGCCACGUCACUGUUGCUACGCAAGUCAGGGUCCCAACUGAGUAAGGAAGAAAAACAAGAUGAAAUCCCGGGUCCUGGAGCAGUUUGGAUUAGGUGAGUAUCAGUGGGCACUCAUCUCUCCGACUGGACAUCUCAUCCUGGACAGUUUGGCCAAAAGACCAGAAACUCACCUCUGCCCAGCAGGCACAAGGCCACCUUGGAUGGCCCAUUGACCAGUCAACCCAAAAGCAGCAGACACAUGCUCUUAACCUGGUGAGAACCCCUCAACGCCUCUCAACCAAGCCCCUUGGCUUUGGGAAAGGACUGGUGGCUGAUCCCCGGAAGCCUCUUGUAGUUCAUUUCGGGAACAGUGUCGUUCGGAAAUACAAGCUGUACACUGUUGGAAUCA